GGAAAAGAUAUGUGUUGCUGGUUAAUCUUGCUCAAGACUGAAGAAGAGGCUGUGUGUGUGUGUGUGUGUGAGAGAGAGAGAGAGAGAGAGAGAGAGUGAGAGAAGGAGAGAAGGAGAGCAGCUUUCCAGUGAAAUAGUUCCUUGCCUUUUGUUUCCCCCUGUCCUAACGAUAUGGAGGCAGCCAUUAAGACCGUUGUGACCACAUUUAUUAGUUCUUCCAAGGGGAAGGACAACCUAGACAAGAAAGGCUUCCAGAAACUGGUAUCUAAACAGCUUGGCGGCAUCAUGGAGGAUACAAACAGCUCCUCUGCCGUUGAGGAGCUGAAGCGGGGACUGGAUGAGAACAACGAUGGAAAGGUCAGCUUUCAGGAAUACCUCUCUCUGAUUGGCUACGUGGCCAACUCCCUCAGUCAGAGCAAGUGUGGAACCAAUGCAGAUGCUUCAUAGAUGCUUGUUAAGCUGCAGUGUUUGGUGGAUCAGCAAAUUAACAGCCUUUUUUUUUUUUUCCAAAUGUUCCAAACAUCAUGUAAACAUUUUUUUUAUAACAGUCCAUAAUCAUUUUCAUACAGUUAAUCAACCAGUUGUAUAAUGCUCUCAACUACACCUUACUGUCUGUCCAGAUCAACCUUUUUUUUCAACUUAUUGAUCUCCACCGUCAAUGACACAUUGAAGGACUCUGAGCUGAGAGUGUUUUUUUUUAUACGAAUUAUACAAAGGAUACUUACUGUAUUUUCAAAAUAAAAGCUUUAUAUUAAAAAAAA